GUCAUUCACUCUGUUUCUUUUUUAUCGUUUCCGUUUUCGUUUUCGUUUUCCUUACUCCCCUCUACCUCAUUCAUUCAUUCAUUUCUCUUUUCAGGUCCAUUUCUUUUUUAUAUAUCCGCGCGUCAUGUCUGCCAUUACUUCAAUCUUUCAAUAUCUCUUCACACAUGCCACACAUAAAAACAAUGCAAAGUUGGCAGUGGCCUUCUUUGCCUUCUUCCUCUACAAGUACCGUGGCCAUGCCCUCGGAACUCGUCGCCGUCAUGACCUCAAGGAACCCAAGGGUGCACUUCCCUUUUUGGGACACAUGACCCUGCUCUCCUCUAUUCCCCCAACGGAACUUUACCAGUUCUUUGAGAAACUGAAUGAGGAACUCGGACCUGUCUGGUCCAUUUCCCUUCCUAACCUUCGCAUGAUUCAGAUUGAUACGCCCGAGAACAUUGAAUAUGUACAUAAAACCAACUUUUGGAGUUACGAGAAGGGUCCAAUGUUCAGAGACGUCAUGGGCGUACUCUUUGGCGAUGGAAUCUUUGGCGCUGAUGGAGAAGAAUGGAGGUUCCAACGCAAGCUUGCAAGUCAUAUCUUCAGUGUCAAAGCCUUUCGUGAAUACACAACCGAUGUCUUCGUUGUCGAAAGUAAAAAAGUCCUUGAACAUCUCGGCAGGGCUGCUGAUCAAGGCAAAAUUAUCGAUUUCCAUGAUUUGAUGAACCGUUUCACGCUCGAUAGCUUUGGAACAGUCUCGUUUGGAGAAAGUUUUGGCUGUCUCGACGAUAUUACCAAGGAGGUCGAGUUUGCGUUUGCGUUUGAUGACCUGGCAGAGAUUUGCAGUUUCCGCCUCAUUGAUCCUUUCUGGAAGCUUCGUGAGCGCCUUACGAGUUUGGGCAAGAGAGCCAAGAUGGAUCGAGAUGUGAUCCGCGGCCAUGCGCUCAGAGCCAUCCAGAAACGCAAACAAGAAGGUCAUCAUGGACAUCGAAAAGAUCUUCUCCAGCUUUUUAUGGAUGCCAAGACUGAAAAUGGAGAGCCAUUAUCGGAUGAUAUGAUGAUUGAUAUCUUUUUGAAUUUCACACUUGCAGGACGCGAUACUACCGCUCAGGCAUUAUCAUGGAUGAUGUAUGCUCUCCAUUGUGAUACCACAGACAAGAGUAUUAUUAAAGAGCUUAUGGAAGAAUCAGAUAGAGUCCUUGGAGGACAGGACCCUACAUAUGACACAUUCAAGAAGCAGAAGAUUGCAGAAGCAUGCUUCCAUGAGACAUUGCGCAUCUUCCCUCCAGCGCCCCGUAACUUAAGAAUCUGCAACAAGGAUGAUGUUUUACCAGACGGUACCAAGAUCUACAAGGGCGAGCGAAUCACCUGGAGCCCUUAUGUGAUGGGUCGAAGCGAACGUAUCUGGGGUCCUGAUGCUAAGCAGUUCAAGCCUUCUCGCUGGAUCAAUACUGAGAAGCCAUCUCAAGGAAAGUUUAAUGUAUUCCACGUGGGCCCUCGUGUCUGUCUUGGUCAGCAAUUCGCGACUAUCGAGUCAUUGACCUUGGCAGGGAUGAUGUUUGAAGCCUUCGAGUUCGAGCUGGUCGAUCCUUCAAAUGAGCCCAAGUAUGCUGCAUCUGUCAGUUUCCCUAUGCAAGGUGGUUUACCCAUCCGAGUCUUUAGAAGACCUCCAAAGACCACAGUUUAAAAAAUAUAUAUAUAUUAAGAAUAAUAAUAAUAAAAAAAAAC